UUUCACUUUAUCAUGGUAACAAAUUUUCCUUUUUGUUACUAAAUGUUACUAAUCUCUCGCUACCGUAAAAGCGUAAAGAAACAUAAGCAGUGAGAUAGGAUUUUUCUGUCGUUUUAUUUCAAUUUCUUUUUAAAAAGAAACCCACGAAUCGUUUUCAUGUAACAUGUUAAACAACCUAUAAACAUGCACCUCAGUGGUCAGCUGUCAUCAAGUUUUCAGCUUCUUAGCUUUAUUUGGCACUAACUUCUCAAGUGGUUAAAUAAUUAUAUGCCAAAGUGUUAAAAUAAUGUCUCUUCCAAAAACAGAGACUACAGUAAAAACCCAUCAUGUCGAGGAUGCUUGAUUUCGGGUGUGCAAUGUCACCGCCUGUUGGAGGACGAUUUUCUUUUCGGCACUUGUUUGCUUCUGCCCUCCAAUGUGGACGACACAUCUGGAACAUUGACACUUCGAUGCGACGCGACAAAGACAAUAGAACGUAUAAGAACCCAUAUAUUUUAAAAUUGUGUCCACACUGGAUGCGGCGCGGCACUACGCGACAAUCCCAUUAAAAACACUUUGUUGUUUCGGUAAAGAACGGUGUAGACACGGCAAGGCUUCAACGGGUUUGGAUCUACUUGGCUAUGUGUCUGAUUGAAGACAAGACAUGGGGAACAAACAAGUAACCUUUAAAGAAGAACAGCUUGAGGAAUACCAGGAUUGUACAUUUUUUACAAGAAAAGAAAUCUUGCGACUACAUAGGCGAUUCCGUGAGCUGGCACCAAACUUGAUCCCGUUAGACUACACAAAUAGCCCUGAUAUAACGCUCCCACCCUGCCUCAUUACCAGCAUGCCAGAGCUAAAGGAGAAUCCUUUCCGACAACGCAUAGUUGAGACUUUCUCUGAGGAUGGCAAAGGAAAUCUUAGCUUCAAUGACUUUAUGGACAUGUUCUCCAUCCUCAGUGAAAUGGUGCCGCUAGAACUUAAGAUGAUAUAUGCUUUCAAGAUUUAUGAUUUCAACAAAGAUGGGUUUCUGUGUGAGAAGGAUGUUGAGGAAACAGUGGCCAGACUUACAGGUAAGGAACUUAGAUUGGAGGAGAGGAGACUGGUUGCUCAAAGGAUAAUGGAAGAGGCAGACUUGGAUGGAGAUGGGAAGCUCUCACUUCUUGACUUUAAAAACAUGAUCUGGAAGGCACCUGAUUUCAUCAGUUUAUUCCACAUUCGAAUAUAAGAGGGUGGAACAGAACUCUCGAAGUCACUCAACUCAACUCAUCAUCAACCUCAUCUCAUCUCUUCCCGUCCUUGUUGGGAACAUCUUUAAAGAAAAAUAAAUGCUCUUGGUUAAGGUUCAAGAUCAGCUGAUAAGCAAAGGUUCAAAUAACCUGUGACUUUUAAUGGUAUUUAUUUAGCUUGAUAUUUUAAGAGAACAGACAUUUGGAAGAAGUUUGUGAAAGGAAGAACUGUACUCAAGGAGAUGCCAAUGCAGACUGCCUCUUAAUCAUAUAAGAGACAUUUUUACAGCACAAGUCUAUAGUGGAAAUGAGAAAGCUUGAUUUGCUUUCCCUUGUUAUCUUAAUAGAAGUAAAUACAAAU